AUGGUAACGACGCUCGGCCGGAAGAUGGCGGCCGAAUGGAACGGAGUUGCAGGUUUUUCGGGUUCAGGCCCUGGCCCUAGCCAGUGGCGCUGGAGCAGGUCUUUAUGGGUCCAAGGCGUUUUACUCCUGUUGGGCGGCCUCUGGGCAAGCUCCACAUCAAUUCCUGUCUCCUUGGACAGUUCCCCUCCCUGCCGGCACCACGUCCCCUCUGAGACUGAGGUCAUAAAUAAGGUUCAUCUUAAGGCAAAUCAUGUUGUAAAAAGAGAUGUUGAUGAACAUUUAAGAAUCAAGACUGUCUAUGAUAAAAGUAUUGACGAAUUGCUCCCUGAGAAAAGAUACCUCGUAAAGAAUAAACUUUUUCCACAAGCUAUUUCUUAUUUAGAGAAGACUUUUCAGGUUCGGAGACCUGCGGGCACUAUCUUACUUAGCAGACAACGUGCAACAAACCGAUACCUACAGAAGGAAAAUGAUCCCCAUAGAUACUGUACUGGGGAAUUUGCAGAGCAUACAAAAUGUGGCCCAGUUAUAGUGCCUGAGGAGCACCUCCAGCGAUGCAGGGUCUGCCGUGGGGGUAAGUGGUCCUGUGUGGCAGUGGGUGUGCAAGACCAAGAGGGCGUCCGGGAUGCAGACUUUGUUCUGUAUGUUGGUGCUCUGGCCACCGAGAGGUGCAGCCAUGAAAACAUCAUCUCUUAUGCAGCCUAUUGUCAGCAGGAAGCAAAAAUGGACAGGCCAAUAGCAGGAUAUGCUAACCUGUGUCCAAAUAUGAUCUCUACCCAGCCUCAGGAGUUUAUUGGGAUGCUGUCCACAGUAAAACAUGAGAUUAUUCAUGCCCUGGGUUUCUCUGCUGGCCUGUUUGCGUUUUACCAUGAUAAAGAUGGAAAUCCUUUGACUUCAAGAUUUGCAGAUGGUCUCCCACCUUUUAAUUACAGUCUUGGAUUAUAUCAAUGGAGUGAUAAAGUAGUUCGAAAAGUGGAGAGAUCAUGGAAUGUUCGAGAUAAUAAGAUCAUUUCUCACACUGUGUAUCUUCUAGUAACACCUCGUGUUGUUGAUGAAGCACGAAAACAUUUUAACUGUCCAAUUCUGGAGGGAAUGGAACUCGAAAAUCAAGGCGGUAUGGGCACUGAGCUCAAUCAUUGGGAAAAGCGGUUAUUAGAGAAUGAAGCAAUGACUGGUUCUCACACCCAGAACCGAGUCUUCUCUCGGAUCACUCUGGCAUUAAUGGAAGACACUGGCUGGUAUACGGCUAAUUACAGUAUGGCUGAGAAGUUAGACUGGGGCCGAGGAAUGGGCUGUGACUUUGUCAGGAAGAGCUGCAAAUUCUGGAUUGACCAGCAGAAACAAAAGAGACAGACGCUGAGCCCUUUCUGUGACACACUCAGAAGUAAUCCAUUGCAGUUAACUUGCAGACAGGACCAGAGAGCAGUUGCAGUGUGUAAUUUGCAGAAGUUUUCAAAACCUUUACCUCCAGAGUACCAGUACUUCGAUGAACUAAGUGGAAUACCUACAGAAGAUUUGCCUUAUUAUGGUGGUUCAGUAGAAAUUGCUGACUACUGCCCUUUCAGUCAGGAAUUCAGUUGGCAUUUAAGUGGUGAAUAUCAGCGCAGCUCAGAUUGUAGAAUAUUGGAAAAUCAACCAGAUCUUUAUAAAAACUAUGGUGCUGAAAAGUAUGGACCUCAUUCAGUUUGUCUAAUUCAGAAAUCAGCAUUUGUCAUGGAAAAGUGUGAGAGGAAGCUGAGUUACCCAGACUGGGGGAGUGGAUGUUAUCAGGUUUCUUGUUCUCCUCAAGGUCUGACAGUUUGGGUCCAGAACACUUCAUAUUUGUGUAGUCGAGCUGGGCAGGUCCUCCCUGUCAGUAUUCAGAUGAAUGGCUGGAUUCAUGAUGGUAACCUGCUCUGCCCAUCAUGUUGGGACUUCUGUGAGCUCUGUCCUCCAGAAAGAGAUCCUCCAGUUACUAACUUGACCCGAGCUCUUCCACUAGAUCUUUGUUCCCAUUCCUCUAGCCUGGUGGUUACUCUCUGGCUUCUGCUAGGCAAUCUAUUUCCUCUGCUGGCUGGAUUUCUUCUGUGUGUAUGGCACUAGGAAUGGAAAAGUGAAUUCUCAAGACAUUCCUUUGUGUCACGUUCCUCUGAACAAAGCACAAAUCUGGGAGAGUGCCAGCCUAGGCAGAUGGCAAAAGAGGCGUUCCUAACUUUGGCUUGGAAGCUUUGACCACAAUCAGACCUUGAAGCAGAACUUCACAGCAGUCACUCUUCAUCAGCAGCCCGACAGCCUCAGAGCUUGGAGGAGGAGAAGGAAUUCUAAGUCACCACGUCUUUAUUUGUCAGAAUGUAUAACCUGCCUGAAAUUUGCCUUUGAAAAUGGAAUAAUUGGUGAAAUUUUCAGAGUGAUUACAUACCCCAGCAUUUUCAUUAAUCUAAAAUGAAUACUGCAGUAAUUUUUAAAAUGGCUAUUAUAAGAUUAUAAAUUUAUGGAUCCUGUCCUCAAAAGUUAAAUUGUCCUUUGAAUUACAGAUAGUAAUUGAAUUGGGUUUCUGUAUCACUGUUAUAUUGAAUUUAAUGGCUGUGCAUGGUACACUUAAAUCAUUGUUCUCAUUGUCUAAAUGGUUGGGUUUUUUUUUUUAAAUGUUUUGCUAAAUCUUAUGAUUUGACCAUGCUUGGCUUUUUCAAACCAGCUGUGUGGCAGUUUACUACUUAACCAUUAGGCACUGGUAGCCCUUCCAGUUGUGUUCUCCAGUAAUUGAAUCAUGACAUGAAAAACUGUGGUAGCAGAGAGAGAAAAAUACUCUGCCAUGUAACACUGAAGACAUGCAAACAGAAGAAAACCUAAUUGUAUGUUUUUCAGAUAAUAAUUAUGAUAAAUGUAACCCAAGAAAAAUAGAACUAUUCUUUUUUGACCAAUGAAGAGAAAAAGAAAUUAUGGUACUACAUAGAGAGAUAUGCGGUUAUUUUCAAGUAGGCUAAGAAGUUAUUACAGAAGAAUAUCUACUAUCUGAAAAUUAUAUAUAAGAAGAAAAAUACAAGUCAAAACAAGGUGGUUUACUAAUGGCAAAGUGUAAGUUUGUUGUAGGGCCUAUUCAUCACCCACAAUAUAAGGCUUGGUCCGCAGAAGUCAGAAAAUUGCCUGUGCUUUAAAAGGAGGUGAUAUUCUUGAUAUGAUGUGAUUUCCGCCCAGUGCUCUGAAUGUCAAAGUGAAGAAGUUCAGUGAAGCGCAGGUAAAUGGCAGGAGUAACUAUGACUCUCUGAAGGUAGCCAAAUGCCUCGUCAUCUAAUUAGUAAUGCACAUUAGUAAUGCACAUGAGUGGAUGAGCAAGAUUCCCAUUGUCCCUAGCUACUAUCCAGAGAAACCAGACAGGGGAAUGGGUUUGGCGGACAAAAAACAAAAACAAACCAACGGUAAAAAGAGGUGAUGUUUUUUGCUUCCUGCUUUUGACCCUGCUCCCGUUACUACGUAGAUUCUCAUCCUCAGGAACAAUUCUGCUCCGGUACUAAAGCUUACCACCCCCUCUUAGUAAUUCAAUUCAAAGUUUUUUAGUGAUGAGUAAUGCCCAGUUCUCUAUAAAGUUAAUGAAGUCCUCAAACACCUGAACAGUAUUUUUUCAUUCAUUCAUCUAUUCAUUCAUUCAUUCACCUUUUAAUUUAGCAUAGUUAUUGAGCACUCCAUUUAAGAGAUUAUGCUAAGUGAGCAAGCAGUAUAAUUACUAAAAAGUAAUUCCAGCUGACCAUUUGACACUGGAGCCAAACUGCAACCCAGAAUAGAGGAAAGUUACCUUUUUCUAAUGCAUAAGUUUUAAAUAUGUAUUUGUAAGCAGUUUUAAAUUGGAGGUAUUUGUCAUUGUAAAAAAAAAAAAAGAAGAAGAAAGAAAGAAAAAGCUGGGGGUCUCUAGCAUAGCCGACUUCAGCUAAAGAGAAGUUAAUAGUAAUGGUGUCAGGCCAGUGCUUAGUUUUCUGCCUUUGUCACACAUUACUUUAAAGGUCAAGGAAAAGUAUAGAGUAUAUUUUUAAAGAAAAUUAUAAAACUCUAAACUUAUAUAUUGAUUGUGAUUAUGAAUCAUCCUGCAAAGUUGUAUAAAGAAUUUCACCAAAAGUAUGAUGGAUAAUAUAUUUGAGAUUCACAGUGGUAGGUUCAAUUAUAUUUUGACUGUUGUGCAGUAAUGCCAUUUAGGUAGUAUUGUUUCCGAGCAUGGUGCUUUUUAUACUUGAAAUAUAUUUUUGCUUUAUUUUUUAUUGAUAUAAUUAUAUUUGCACUAAUGACUUUCUGGAGAAAAUAUUAUAGAUGACAUUUUUUCUAUAUAUAUAUUUAUUAAGCUUGGAAUCUGAUACCCUAGUGUUUUCUCUGCACAAAUAAGGAACUUGAUAAGGUAUGUGGCUAAGAAAUCUUGAGUUUCUGAGGGUAACUAACAGCUCUGGUGUCUUCCUUCCUCUUCAGCAAGUCUUGAGAGUGGUUGCUUAUCACUGAUUCUUCAUAGUAUACCCCGUGAAGACUUAGAAGGUCACUGAACCUAUAAGAAAUGUUAAGAGGAGCAUUUGAGUCACUUAGAAUAUGGCUGUAGUAUAAAAACAGACUUAAAGUCUGAGAUUUCCAUGCAGAAUUAGUGGACUAGAAUUCAGCUUUGAACUGAAGAAUUCAAAAUGGCCUAUAUGUUGGUAUCCUGUGGCAGGAUGCCUUUUAUGUUAACAAAAGCAGUUCACCAAGAAGACUAGCAGACUGCAGCCAUGGUGGAAGUGAGAUGGGGGACAUGGUGGAAGUAGCUGAUUUGGGGACAGUAGACUGGAGUCUCUUUCUGACUCAAAAAGUGUGGAGUGCAUAUAAAAACGGACCAGACUACCUCAGUUUUCAGUUCAGAUUUAGCUUCAUUUUGAUAGUAUUAAGGUCCCAAUUGUCAAAAAUAACAAGUGAAUUUGUCUCUCAGGUUUUCAAGAACAGAAUUUACAGGAAGGCAGCAAAAGCCAUGUCAGCAGACUUGAGCUGACAGCUUUAAAGAAACUGGCAAACAGUUAGGUAGUCUUAAGGUAGACUCCUCUAAUACUCUCCUGAAGAAUAUCCUUUUCCCUUACUUAUUUCUUAAGGAUAUUUAUUUUUGUUAAGACGAAAUAGACGUUCUUAAAAUGUUAUAAAUUAUGCCUAAAAUUAGUUUCAGCCUAGUAUGUUGGCUUAGAGUUUAUCAGUAUUUGAAGAUGAAACAUGAAUUAGUGAAGUUUAAAUGGCGUUAGGAAGAUACAUAAAUAAACAUAUCUGAGUAUUCCAUAAAAUUUUAUCAAUAUUCUCCUCACUAUUAGAAGACCCAACUGUAAAAUGGCUAGCUGCCUUGUCAGAUUCUUUUAGCUCUAAUAUUCUAUGACCAACAUUCAUCCAGACUCAGUAGGUCACUGCUAGCUCUGAUCUGUGUCCUAGAGUAUGCCAGCUUGCGCAUCAUGUUCAUGACAGUGUCUUGGGCUCAGUGCCCUGGUGCCGUCCAUGUCCUUGGACACUGAGUGGAGAGAGAAGAGCCAUCUCUGAGGGCAUCUGAGCUGUCCUGAUAAAGGAGGUGGACUUUAGUCAUAACCCCACAGAUCAUUUCAUAGUGGGCACUAGUCAUUCAUGCCAUGUCCUUGCAGCCCUGGAAGAUGAAUAUAUUUUAAUAAGACUGUGCUACUCAUUCUGAAGAAAGAAUUUAUCUCCUGAAAGGACUACUACUACUAUUACUACUACUACUAUUACUUUAUCUCCUUCUCUUUCUCCUCUUCCUCC